AUGCCUGAGCCCUACCAACACUUCAACUUCCUUGGACUGCCUCGCGAGAUCCGAGAUGCAGUCUAUGAGUAUGCCCUUUGUUCUUUCAGUCACCGCCGUGGCCCGUAUGAUAUUACACAGUGUGCAGGUCUGUGUUCAUGGACAGAUGUGCAAAUAUGCCAUUUCACUGGGGAUCUCAACCUCUUGCUCGUGAAUAAACAAAUUCACAAUGAAGGCUACAAGAUUAUGUUAGAGAGGAACCUAUUUGUCCUUGUUCAAAUCCACGACUCCACGGACGAACACUUAAUGAUACGCGGCCAUUUACCCCCAGUAUUUGCUCUGUAUUCCGCCUACCAGGAUGAACGAGAGCAGGUGCGUCCGGAAUCAUUCCCGUGGCACACCAUGCGUAUAAGACUGAACGAAAAAAAUACUACACCAGAAGAGAUGGCGAUGAAUGGCGAAUAUAAUGAUAUUGUUAUGUUAUUGGAAGAUUGUAUGGAUAUACUCAAGAGAUUUGAACUUCGGGUUACCGAUGAAAAGCUGCCUGACCCAAAUGAAAGAUUGCUUCCUAUGCGACUACCAAUAAAGGUGGUAGUGGAUCUCAAUCCCAAGAGGAAAGAGUGCAACAGGGAGACCAGCUACAUGAAUAUACGGAACUCCCACUCAGACAUCGAGCAGAAGAAGCUUCUGAAGCACAUAGGAGACACUUUUCGCGGUUAUGACCAUUUUGAGAUUAGGAAUUGCGAUGACAAAGUACUAGCUGCAGAAGUUGUCCAGCAAGUAUCCAAGGAUCCGGUUAUCAGUCUGGCUUUCUUCCAAGCUCACAUCGAAAGACAUUCCCACAGUUCCGAAGCCUCUUGGAAUCAGGGAAACAUCGUGGAAUGCGCCAACUUCUGUACCGAGGGGCUUGAACUAGUCCACCGUGUUCGAUUUAGCGCUCCACUCACGUACCAGCUGUGCGACCAAGGUUUACAGAAUUGUUUCCAUACGAGCCAGUUUAUUCACAGGCUAUACUACCUCUUAGCACGGUGCACUUUUGCUCAUCUCUCCAAGCUAAUGGAUAAGCGUAUCGAAGAAGAUAAUUACCAGUACAUCGGGGAUACCGCCCAUGCUCUUUUCGACUUGCUCAAGACGCACAGAAAACGUGUCCAUGGCUUCUUGUCACAUUACGAUCCUCCCAUUCACGAAAAAGCUGAAAUCAAUUACAUGAAAGCGAAGGCCCUACGUGUAGAAUGGGAGUUUUAUUCGAUGAGACCAUGGGGCGAAAUGCUCAGAUGUAUAGAGGACGCUAAAAGGUUGCAACCAGGCGAUCCUAUCUAUGAGGAAGAAGAGAGGAAAGCAAAACUUUGGCUCGGAGAAAACGCAAGAUAUAAUGUUUGGGUCCGUACUAUUGAUUGGGAGGGAUAUCAAACGAUGAGGUAUUGGAGGAUGGAGAUUGAUAAGUCGGUAUUUGAAUUUUGA